UGCCACGAAACCUGUGUCGUGGCAAGACAUUUGAGACGGAGUGACGCCUGAAGAUCACAUGGCCAUCCGAGAACAAGAUGCACGGAUGAUGGCCAUGGUGUUCUCCUGGCGAUCGGAGAACUCCUUCAUCUCCGCGCCCCCGCCGGAAAAUACCGAGCGGUGGCGGCUGUGGUGUGAGCACUUCGUCGAUCUUUCGGUGUGCCUGGUCGGAGUGAAGCUUACGUGGACAAGGGACGAGGAGCACCGUGAGUGGAUUGAGUACCUGGAGCUGCUGAUCAUCCAGGCCUGGAGGACGGAGGUAGAAGGCGAUCUUCUCGGAUUCCUCUUCGGAUCAGUGCGGCCCGACCAUCGCCAGCUGAUCGUGCAGGAGCUCACGGUCCCCCUUGCGCAGUUGGUUGAUGAUCUCCCCCUCGAGAUCGUCUCGCAGAGUGACGAGAACCCAAUCCCGCACGUCCUCACGCUGACUUUGACGCCAUACCUUCAGUGGUCGGCGUGCCUGGAGGAGCCGGGAACGGCGGGAAACGGCCACAACCCGCCAUCGCAGCGGGAUUAUCUGGACCCACGGGAAAUCAUCGAUCUCGCCUUCUUCCAGGAUCGAACGGCCUCCGAAGACGAGGAGAUAGCUAUCGAAGAAGAAGAAGUUGCUGAGGAGGACGACAAGGAAGAAACCCCGGAAGAGGGGAGUUAUAGCGAACACGGCGAAGGAGAGCAGAGUGAGGAAGAGGAAGAAGGAGAGGAGGAGCUAGAACUGGAGGAGUCUGAGUAGGAGAUAUCGGCGGAAGAGGCGGAAGAGGCGGAACAAACGGAUGCUCAAGCA